AUGGCGCGUCCGAAUUCCGCAGCUCAACCAAGAGCACUCACUUUGACAGAAGAACUGGAGAAGCUCGAGCAGUCCAUCACUUUGACAUUGCAAGAAAUUGACCACAACUUCAGCCGCGCCCAUCGCAUAGUCACAUCCAGUAUCCUUCCUACUGUCGAACAGUAUGCGGCCCAUUCGAAGGAUGUGUGGGAAGGGUCCAGAUUUUGGAAACAGUUCUUCGAGUCGAGCGCCAAUGUCUCACUUUCGGGCUACGAAGAGCCGCCUUCGCAGUAUGAAAAUGCGGAUGUGACGGCUACCGACGAGUCCAAUACUACCACCCACACCACUCUCGAGACAUCGGAGUCCUACGAGACCCCUGUCGCUCAACAUAUUUCCACCGAUUCUGUUCAAGACCUUGACCUGUCCAGCCUGACAGUGUCACCCUCCCAGAGCACGCCUCGGCCGAGGAAGAAGCAAGAGACUGAACAAGCCACCUUUGCCGAUUAUCCGUCGCCCUACGAAGCUUUGAGACAAGAGGUCAACAAUACCACAGCGGAGGCGACCUCAAUGACCCAGGGGACCUUGCCUGAAACCCCCGGCCGUCUUGCAUUCCCAUUAACCAACAUUGCAGCCACACCAGAGUCGUCACCCUUCCUUCCUCCGCAGCCUACGUCGAUUCCACAACCAUCGACUAUACGCAAGAACACCGACCCUCUUCUUCACAGAGUGCUUGAUAGAAACUAUCGAGUACAGGCUACGCCAUUAACGAGCAAUAGACAUGCCGAUUUCCAACCAAAAACAGCCACUACGACGCCGUUUACUGCGAAGCGUGGUCGAAAUAAUCCUCCUCCUGACCCUACGUUGUCAUCCAGCCCUGAUUUGGCUCCCCCAGAGCUUCACCAUGAGAUAUUCUCGUCACCCGAACGGAAGGCUCGUAUACCGGGGGUCAGUGUACUCACGCCAGCCAGACAAAACAAUGCGAGGAAUCAAGCGCCCACGCGUACGCCUGGGAUUUGGGAUAGCGACGAGGACGAUCUGGACGAUGACCUGCCGCUAGGAAGCCCACCGAAGACGAUGCAGUUCCACGUUCCGCAGAACCGUCUCUUGAAAACUCCAGCCAAGGAAGCCUCCAAAAGAAUAGUGCAGGACAUUUUGACGACAGCCGGGAUGGAUUUCGAUGACGAAGAGAUCGACUUCAGCCGUGAGCUUGAGACGCAAGGGUUCGAUGCCGAACCUACUAGUCCCAGUCUCGUCCGAAGAGCCACGAAGAUUGAGGAUGAGACAUUCUAG